AUGCGACUGGCUGCUAAGAAUGACAUCUCACCGUGCCUGCUAGCAAGAAUUAUCCUGGAGGAGUAUUACUGGAAUGAUGUUGAACAUGGAAGAGCUCAUGAAAGAAGUGAAGGCAGAGGGUCUUUACCACCUGGUUUUAUGACUGACUGCAUCCGGGACAUUGCUAAACUGCCUAACCCAGAACUUGCAAUGGAAAUUUAUGAAACAAUGAUGCUGGACAACUUCUAUGGACCUGCUGUUGAUAGUAUCAAGAAAAGCUGUGGUGUUGAAUAUGAGGUCAUUCUCAAAGCCAGAUGUCAAGAGGCUGGAUUGUCUUUUAUAGAUGAAAGCCAGAUGAGAGAAGAAGGUUAUGACAAAACCCCAGACAUAAGACUUAAGGUUCCAAUUAUGAUUAACAAGAGAGUUGUCAACUGGAUUGAGAGUAAAGCGUCCUUUGGGGACCCUAUCAACCACCAGCAGUACAUGAUUGAUCAGUAUCUGCCAUAUAAAAAUAGGUUUGGCCCUGGGGCUGUGAUCUACUGGUUUGGCUUUGUCCAAGAACUGGCAGAAACUGGUGAGAGAGGUAUUCUCUUGUUAAACGGCUUUCCUGUUAAGGAGCAGAUUGUUCACCUUCAAGAUAUGCAUCAGCAGGAGAGGGACUCUGUUGGAUUUUCUUCGGCACAUAAAAUAAAUACAAAUGAUAAUAGCAGUGGAUUUGAUGAUCUAGAAAUGGAUGGGAAAUUUUCCAGUUAUGUUGAUCCCAUCUUUGACAGUGAUGAAGAAGAGGAUCAGACACCAGGAUUUACUGCAGUUGUUCAAGGAAGUUGUGUUAUCUCUAGCAUAACUGCAGAAGGGACAUUGGAGAAACAUGACAGAAUGAUAAAGUUAGGUUUAAUGGAUACCGAUAUAGUUAGAAGCACUGGAUAUAGCUUACAUGGCAGUGGGACUGACAACUGUUGCAAAAGUCAGAGCUCAUCAUGUGUUACCUCUGGGAAAUCAGAUAAUACAGAUACUGAUAAAAAUUCUGAAGCACCCAGGUCGUAUAGUGAUCACAGCGUGAGUUUAGUAGAAAAAGAUAAUUAUGAUAACUCUGUCCCAGAUAUUGCUUCUGACAGUGACAAUAGGCUAAGCAGUCAUAGAAAUACCUCAAGUUGUGAGAAAGUUGAUGAACAUUGGAGCAAUAAAGCAACCAAUACUUUUUGUGUAGAUAAAGAGAUGGGUGAUGUACAAAAUCUUCACCAACAUGAAACAGGUGCCAGCUGUAAUAAACUUCAUGAAACUCAAGAUAACAGCAUUUCAUUACAUUCAGUAUCAGUCGCUCCGAAUGUUUCUACUAUGCCUUGUUCUGCAGAUCACUCUGUGGAUUGUAUAGAAAACAGUUUCUUGUUUGAUUCUAGCAGUUCGCCAAUAUCCAUGAACAGUAAUCUGUUAAGUCCUGAUAAAGAAGUGCGUAAUAAAUCACUGUCUUUUAUUUACUCUGAUAAAAAGAAAAAGAAAAGAAAGCCAAAAAGGGGGGAAAGGUAG